AUGCCGUUGCAGAAACGAAGGUGCACGAGUGGGAGGGAAAAACUGACCAAUUACUUAGACGAUGAACUUCUUUCGAAGAUUACAGAGAAACUAGUCAUACAAAUCCAGUUAAUCUUAACACAUGGCGACCCCAAAACUGUUGAUUCGUGUACAUCAAAGGAUCUAAUUAUUUCCGGAAAUAGUGACAGGAACACCGUUGUUAAGUCCGCCCUCGUUCCCAGUAUCAGAGCUGUGUAUCUUCGUAUCAAUCCUAGGAGCUGGAACGAAUUUGUCAGUCUCCGCUUUGACGUCAGUGGAUGUUACAACAUUCGGGAAAAGUACAUAGCGUCGGAACAUUAUGAAAAGACACAAAUGUUGGUCCCAGUAGAUCUUGAGCAAUACCCAGUGUUAAACGGAAAUACUCGAUCUUUGUUGGAAUGCGGGAAAAUGUGCCAUCAGAAAGAAUCGUGCCGUGCGUUCACAUUUGACAAAAACCAGACGAUUUGUCGGGAUGUAACAGUAGGAUUCACAGCCCAAUAUUCGGCAAAUUCAGCAUUAAAACAAUUUUAUGUAAACAAAGGCAUUUUCACAUCUCUUGGAUUCCGAGAAUUCCCGAACAGACUUGCUCUUUACAAGAUAAAUGAACAAAGCCUUGACCAAGUCGGCGCUGCUGAUCUCUGUGGUCAAUACUACUCCCAAUUGAUCAAGGUGACUUCUCAACCACAAAUGUCGAGUCUACAGAACAUCAUCACUGGAAAUGAUAUUCUACUGCAAGCCAACAACCAAUUGUUUGUGUCCGGGAUGUAUGCGUCACCUGAUUGGAAGUACAGUGACGGAGGGGAAGUGAUGGACAACACACUCUGGGCUCCAGACCACCCUGACCCCAGUCAUGGACAUUGCGUCAUGUUGACACUGACAGGUUUAGCCAGUGUGGAUUGUUCAGAAAGUCUCUUCUCCAUAUGUGGUUGAUUUUGAUUAUUAUUAUUUUCAAACGAGUGUAUUGCACCUGAAACUUGAAUGUAGUAGAAGCGGAUUUUAGUCGACAGCAACCACCACAAAAACUGAAUGACAUCAGCUACUAGUUGACUGUAACGCUGAGUAAUACGUAACUGUAUGUAUAUCGACGAUGUCGUGGAAUUUUGAAAUCAGUGAACAUUACGUAAACUUCUUAUUAUUCUUGUCAAAUAAAUGUAAAUUUGGGGUUUUAAAAGCUCCCCUGAACCAUGUGAAUCGUGUGAAUUCCCUCUGUCAGACCAGGUUUUGGCAUAAUACAAUAAAAUAAUAAUGUUUGUGAUAUACGAAAAUAUAUUGUAUUUCUUGACACCAAUCUACAAAUUAUUAAUGUAAUUAUCAAUAUCAACACAGCAAAAUCCCCAAGGUCAUGUAGGAAAGUUAUUCCGGCAUUAUUUAGCGAAACAAAAAUACGUAAAAUUUGACAGUAUAAGUCGUAGAUACCGUAGCUGUAUGCCGUUUGGGCUGUAGCCUUUUGAGUGGAGCUGAAGAAUGUGGUAUUUACUCGAGUGGUCUUGAUAUAUAGGUAAGGGUUAAUGGAUAGGUUUAAAGUAAUGCCAUGUACAUGUAUAUCCUAAACUAUUCUGGUGUUCGUUAUUAUUUUAUUCGAUUGCACAUUUUCUAAUAAAUAUGAUGAUUAUU